UUAAAUUCUAUGCGGUGAAUGUUUCGAUUUGGAAAGCUUGUUUUAUCAGGACAGCUAAGUGAAUAUUAUUCUUGUCAGAACAACUUAAGGUGAAAAGUUAAAUAAACUGACACAGUGUCACAGUUAUGUCAAGGCGAAUGUAUUAAGGAAUUUGCCGAUGUUUUUUGUGAGUCAACAAGCGAAUAAAAAAUAUAUAAACUGAUUAGAGAGUCAUCCGUGGAAAUUUGUUUUAUAAAAACAACCAACUGCUAAAAGAUUUCUCGAUAUUAUUACACAACAAACGGGGAAAGAAACAUGGAGCCAACAGAAAUCUUGCAAAAGUUAAAAAACGAUGAUCGAAAUGAGGAAACAAGAAUUGAAGAUAUGACGGAAGCUUUAACAUGGCUUUUCUCACAACUCAAAUACUUAAAAGAGCAAGACAAGAGGUUAAUGAAAGAGUUCAACCAUAUUCGCGAACGAAUUAACACAAUCAAGGAAACUUCAAACGCCAGAGAAAGAGGUAGAUCACUGUUUGAUAUUUAUCACAUUGAAGAGGAAGCAUUUAUUGAAGCUAGAAGGUGCAAUUUAAAUCCCUUUGAUGAAGAACCAGCUGAUGGCAAGUCUCUACGGCGGAGGGCUUUCAGUAAUGUAGAAUUAAACGCAGCAGGAGAUUCGGCCAUCUUUCAUCGAUCAUUUAAAGAGAGUUUCUAAAUCACACACUUGGUCUCCAGGUUUCUGCAUUUCUUUUAAGUAAAAUCGUAGAAGUGCAGUACGACAUGGCGCAUAUUGAUGGUAUUGAAAACUAUGCUGAUCGGGAAAAAGACGUAAAUAGACAACACCGGUUACAUUAACAUGUGAACAUUGUAUAAAUAAUUUGUUUAAAUAAAUAUUCUUUACAUCAAAAAGCGACAUAAUAUUUUAACAUUUGUACAAAAUAAUAAAAAACAAAUUA